GGAGGAUACUUGGCCUAACGAUUGCAUUUCUUCACGUCGGCGUUUUACGGCCACGCCAAGGCAGGAGAGGAGUCUACCAAAGGAACGAGACAAAGGCAACGGAGAGAGCCGGACAUUCUCGGCCGUGCGCAAUUUCCAGCGUCUCACCCCGGAGUGAGCACGCAAGAUCCGGCCGAGUCGACGCUACUGCGCCACGCCACCCUCUCUCUCUCCCGCCGCGGCCUGACUUGACUCCGGUCGGCCUUCUAUCAUCACACCCACACGCUUCGCCGCUCUUCCAUCCUCCUCUUUGCCUCCCCCUCCCCUCGACACCAUAUCUACCGCUGCAUCCGGUGAUUGACGCUUCCCACACUCACCGCCUGCAGACUUUAGCAAACCGCGACCGGGGCCAUGGGCUCCCGCCAGCGCUACGAAAGGAUUGCAGCCGUUGACCAUGACGACUCCUCGAUGACCUCUCCCUCCGCCGCUGUCCCCGCCUCCCCGCCACCCUCCUUCCGCUCUCGCACCAGCUCAAGGCGACCAUCACGCGAUCAGACUGAUGGUCAGACGCUCGAGCAGAGGAAUCUCAACGAUGCUUUCGAUGCGCCCUCGGACGAUGACAGCGAUGCCGAAGAUACACCCGACUCGCGCCGGUUAAUACACUCCGCCCAAACAAACACCGAUGAUGGCACAACACAAACAACAACAUCCUCCUCAUCUCCUCCUCCCGCCCCCACCCGCACCGUCACCGAAAUCCCCAUCUUCACCCCUACCGGCCCCGGCGGACGCAGCAAUGCGGCAGCCAACGAUGGCGUCUGGGCAAAUCUAAACGCCAAACCGCGCGCCGGCGAAGAUCUCGAAGAGAAGCCGCCGACCUACGAACAAGCAGCUGCGGACGCCACCCCACCCUACUGGGAAACGACAGUCCUCUCACCCUACGGCACGAGCAGUAACCCCGACGACGUCUUUGUCGACGGCCUCCUCGUCGGCUCCCUCUUCUCCUUCAUCUGGAACGCCCUCAUCUCCAUGUCCUUUCAGCUCAUCGGCUUCCUCCUCACCUAUCUCCUCCACACCACACACGCUGCUAAACAUGGCUCUCGCGCCGGUCUUGGUAUUACCCUCGUCCAAUACGGUUUCCAAAUGCGCUACGCUGUUGGGGGUGGCCAAUCACCCAUGGAUGGCGUCGUUCCGGGUAGCGGUGGUGCGCCCGUAGACGGCGUGCCUUCGGAUCCGAACAAGCACGAUUUCGACUCGGGGAAAGUUGGCACCGGAGGACCAGAAGCCGGGAAUGGAGGCAUGUUUAAUGCGAUGAGCACGACGGAUUGGUUGAGUUAUGUUUUGAUGAUUGUGGGGUGGUUCAUUCUGAUUCGCGCCGUGAGUGAUUUCUUACGAGCGCGGCGGCAAGAGGCGUUGGUUCGCUCGAGUCCGAGUCGGGGACUGGGCGUGGCCGUCGUUGCGGAGGGCGAGGCGGUGGAGAGUUCGGUUUGAUGACCUUGGGACACCUGUGAUUUGAGGCAUUCUUCAUGCAUGAAGCGAUGGUAGACCUAGAAUAGUAGGUAUCACGACGGAACUAAUU